AUGGCGCGCUCCACCUUUUCCCUCCACCCCUCCACCCUGAUGGGCUCUAGCGCCGCCAGAUCCGACUACCCACGCUCCGAGUUUCCCGACUGGGUCCUGCUCUGCGAGGAGCCGCGUUUCUCGGAGCUCCGGAACGAGACCACCGCCGAGUGCGAGACCAGCGAUGGCCAAACCGUGGAGGUCUCCUUCUGGCUCGUCGCCCCGCCGGGCGCCUCCUACUUCUCCUUCAACUGCCCCGGCCUCGACGCCUCCGCCUUCGACGACUACGCGCCGCCCUCCCUCGUCUGCGCCGGCGCCGCCUUCGUCCUCUUCAGCCUCACAAUCAGGGGCUCCACCCACCACUUCGUCUACAAAGCCGGCCCCGCAGGGAAACAAUCGCUUGAAGCGCUCCCCGACCCUCCGGUCUCCAGAAGACGGCGGUUCGGCCUCUUGCCCCGCGGCGACGGCGAGCACUUCGCCGUGGCCUACCUCGACCGCCAGUGGAUCUCCCAAGACGACGACUGGCGGUUUGAUGCGCACGUCUAUUCGUCUGAAACGCACGAGUGGAGCAGCCACAGGUUGUCGCCGCCAUUGCAGGCUCACUGGGCUGGGUUGAUCUGCUACGUGGCGUCCUCCUCCUUCGCAACCUGUUCGACGGUGGUGAUCCUGUCAUCGAAUUCAUCCCGUUCCCUGAAUCAAGGGUUAACUUUCUCGACGAGGAUGGCCGCCCUCACCGCGCCUCCGAGUAUUAUUGCAACGUGGCCUGCUGUGAUGAUCUCCUCAAGUUCAUCGAGAUAGAAUUUGACGACCCUCUUGUCAGGACCAGCCGGAAAGGUUGGAGAGCCAAUGUGUGGAACAGGAAGAUCUCUUGGAACAUGUGGGAGCUCCGCUCCACGGUCGAUGUUGCUAGCAUAUCCGUGGACCAAAGCUAUUCUGCUUUAUUGCCUGAGCUGCGACAGGGUGAUUUUCAGAAACUGGACUUGCAGAAACUGAUUUUCUACGCCCCGGUGCUGAGUACCCGCAAUAACGAUCUCUUUUACAUGAUGGCCAAGGUGAAUGCUCAAGACGAGACUGCCUGGGCCAUUGCACUUGACAUGGAAAGGGCAGCUGUGGAAGCAAUGGCCCCGUUUUCUCUCGGACGACACCACUACCACAUUGCAAAGUUCUGCCCAUGCGACUUCCCCAAGUACCUCGACAUGAUCCCAGGCGACUCUUCCAUCUUCAUCCCCAUGUGAUUUAACUAGCAGUCUUAUCUUCUGGAUUCUUUCUUGUCUGUUGGUUAUAUGUGCUUAGGACAAUGUUUUAGUAUUGACACUAUUGACACUGGACUGUUUAUUGAUAUAAUUCGUAAAAGAAAUGGUACAUCAUCUGCUGAGUGGGCAACAAAAUUGCUCAAUUGAAAACUUGUGUUGUGUGUACUUUUGCCAUCCUUUUUAUUUAACUGUUUCUUUGUCCAAUUUUUUGCAGGAGCAGACAUGCAUAAUCCAGU